AUGGCUGACCCUGGACUAUGUCCCACACUGACAUCCCCUACAAACGGCGCCGUGAGUGGUUCCAACUCCCUCGGAGACGUGGCCACCUUCACGUGUGACUCAGGAUACAACCUAGUUGGCGGUUCUACACGAACAUGUCAGGCGGACUUGUCUUGGAGUGGAAGCUCACCAACAUGUACAGCUGUCCAGUGUCCCGUACUGACAGCCCCAACAAACGGCGGCGUGAGCGGCGGGAACUCCUACGGAGACGUGGCCACCUUCACGUGUGACUCAGGUUACAGCCUGUCUGGCUCAGCGACACUUACCUGUCAGGCGGACACCACUUGGGAUGGAGCUUCGCCAACUUGUGCAGCUGGACUGUGUCCCACACUGACACCCCCUACAAACGGUGCGGUGAGCGGUUCCAACUCCCUCGGAGACGUGGCCACCUUCACGUGUAACUCAGGAUACAACCUAGUUGGCGGUUCUACACGAACAUGUCAGGCGGACUUGUCCUGGAGUGGGACCUCACCAACAUGUACAGCUGUCCAGUGUCCCGUACUGACAGCCCCAACAAACGGUGGCGUGAGCGGCGGGAACUCCUACGGAGACGUGGCCACCUUCACGUGUGACUCAGCGGGACAGUGUCCAGCUCCAUCAUCUCCAACAAACGGUUUUGUGUCCGGAACCAACUCUCUGGGAGACACGAUCACAUUCACGUGUAACACAGGAUACAACAUGGCGGGCUCUUCUACACUUACGUCUGUCCAGUGCCCCGUACUGACAGCCCCAACAAACGGUGGCGUGAGCGGCGGGAACUCCUACGGAGACGUGGCCACCUUCACGUGUGACUCAGUUGGACAGUGUCCCGCACCAACAUCUCCUACCAACGGUGGUGUGACUGGAACCUACUCCUUCGGGGACACAAUCACCUUCACGUGUAACACAGGGUACAACAUGGCGGGCUCAUCUACACUUACCUGUCAGUCAGACCUAACUUGGAACGGGAGCCCCUCAACAUGCACAAUCGUACAGUGCUCAGCACAAAGCUCCCCAACGAACGGCGGCGUGAGCGGCGGGAACUCCUACGGAGACGUGGCCACCUUCACGUGUAACACGGGUUACCACAUGGUGGGCACUUCUGCACUAAGCUGUCAGGCUGACGGGACUUGGACCGGAACUGCACCAACAUGCUUAAUUGUACAAUGCCCGGUGCAAACAGCUCCAGACAACGGUGGCAUGAGUGGUACUAACAACUAUCAGGAUGUCGUGCAGUUCACCUGUAACUCCGGGUACGACAUGACAGGUGCUGCAAGUACCACUUGCCAAGCAGACGGCACGUGGAGCAACAGCGCCCCCACUUGUGGAGCUGUGCAGUGCCCGCUUCUGACAGCCCCUACAAACGGUGCGAUGACUGGAUCGAAUUUCUACCAAGACGUGGUCCAGUUCACGUGUAAUUCUGGAUACGAACUUGUAGGACGUUCUUCAUUAACAUGUCAAGCUGACGCCACAUGGGAUGGCACCGUCCCAACAUGUUCACCGGUGGAGUGCCCGCUGCUACCAGCCCCUACAAACGGUGCGAAAACUGGGUCCAAUUUCUACCAAGACGUUCUGCAGUUCACGUGUAAUUCUGGAUACGAACUUGUAGGACGUUCUUCACUAACAUGUCAAGCUACCGCCACAUGGGAUGGCACCGCCCCAACAUGUCCACCCGUGGAGUGCCCGCUACUGGCAGCCCCUGCAAACGGUGCGAAAACUGGAUCUAAUUUCUACCAAGACGUGGUGCAGUUCACGUGUAAUUCUGGAUACAAACUUGUAGGACGUUCUUCAUUGACGUGCCAAGCUGACGCUACAUGGGAUGGCACCGUACCGACAUGCCCACCCAAGGAGUGUCCUCUACUGGCAGCCCCUACAAACGGUGCGAAAACUGGAACCAAUUUCUACCAAGACGUUUUGCAGUUCACGUGUAAUUCGGGAUACAAACUUGUAGGACGAUCUUCAUUACAAUGCCAAGCUGAUGCCACAUGGGAUGGCACCGCUCCAACAUGUCCACCCGUGGAAUGCCCUCUGCUGACAGCCCCUGUAAACGGUGCAAAAACAGGAACCAAUUUCUACCAAGACGUGGUGCAGUUCACGUGUAAUUCUGGAUACAGACUUGUAGGACGAUCUUCAUUAACAUGUCAGGCUGACGCCACUUGGGAUGGCGCCGCUCCGACAUGUCCGCCUGUGGAGUGCCCGAUGCUGACAGCUCCAGUGAACGGUGCAAUGACUGGAUCUAAUUUCUAUCAGGACAUGGUGAUAUUCUCAUGUGUUCUCGGGUACGAGCUGGAGGGCAGUGCCACCUUAGCGUGUCAAGUUGAUGCCACGUGGAGCGGAUCUGUCCCAACAUGCACACGCGUACAGUGCCCACUACUGCCAGCUCCUACAGACGGUGAAAAGACUGGAUCAUCCUAUUUCUAUCAGGACGUGGUGGGGUUCUCUUGUGAUACUGGAUACGAAAUGGAUGGAAGUUCUUCUUUAACAUGCCAAGCUGACAAGACAUGGACUGCAGACUCUCCAACAUGCAAUCGUGUGAAGUGCCCAGUGUUGGUAGCUCCAGAAAACGGCGCAAAGGAAGGAUCAAAUUCUUACCAAAACGUGGUGCAGUUCACGUGUUAUUUCGGAUACGACCUUGUAGGGAGUUCUUCUUCAACAUGCCAAGCUGAUAGAACAUGGACUACUACCGUUCCGACAUGCACACGAGUCCAGUGCCCAUUGCUCACAGCUCCCACAGACGGUACUAUGACAGGCGGUAAUUUUUUCCAGGACAUCGCACGGUUUACGUGUAACUCAGGGUACGACCGUGUCGGGACAGCUAGCUUGACCUGUCAAGCUGACCGCACGUGGGAUUGGAUAUCUCCAACAUGUUCACGUGAGUUAUAA